AUGGAACUCUUUCUUCUGCUCUUCAAGACUAAGAAUAGAGACCCAGGCAAGCAGAACUACCAGUCAGUUCAGAGAUUUGUUCAUACUCCACCUACCAAGAAUACUUCCAUAGAAGUCAAGGUGGAGCCAGAAUAUAUUGAUUGUGAAGUUGAUGUAAAAUAUACAUGCCAGGAUAUAAAGAGUGAAGAAGAACAUUCAAGUUUUGAUGUAGAGAGUGGAAAGAUCUGUAUGCAGAAGAAAAUAGACAUUUGGACAGUCUCAAAAGACCACAUGAGAACUCAUACAGGAGAAAAACCAUAUACUUGCUCUAUAUGUCAAGGAAGUUUUUCUCGUCAAAGUUACCUCAAAAGACACUUGAGAACUCAUACAGGAUAA